CGAGCUCUAUAAAGCAGGACCGCAGGUGAAGUCUCUCAUCGUCUCAUCGCCGACAUCACACAUCCACCAUGAGGUCUCUGGUCUUCGUUCUGCUCAUCGGAGCUGCCUUUGCCACGGAGGACGACAAGAUUGUCGGAGGGUAUGAGUGCACCCCCCACAGCCAGGCCCACCAGGUGUCCCUGAACUCCGGAUACCACUUCUGCGGUGGCUCCCUGGUCAACGAGAACUGGGUUGUGUCCGCUGCUCACUGCUACAAGUCCCGCAUUGAGGUGCGUCUUGGAGAGCACAACCUCAGGGUCAACGAGGGAAGCGAGCAGUAUAUCAGCUCCUCUCGCGUCAUCCGCCAUCCCCAAUACAGCUCCUACAACAUCGACAACGACAUCAUGCUGAUCAAGCUGAGCGAGCCCGCCGUCCUCAACCAGAACGUGGUGCCCGUGGCCCUCCCCACCUCCUGCGCCCCCGCUGGCACAAUGUGCAAGGUCACUGGCUGGGGCAACACCAUGAGCUCCUCGGCCGAUAGCAACAAGCUGCAGUGCCUGAACAUCCCCAUCCUGUCUACCAAGGACUGUAAUAACUCCUACCCCGGCAUGAUCACUGACGCCAUGUUCUGCGCUGGAUACCUGGAGGGAGGCAAGGACUCCUGCCAGGGUGACUCCGGUGGACCCGUCGUGUGCAACGGGGAGCUGCAGGGCGUCGUGUCCUGGGGCUACGGAUGUGCUGAGAGAGACCACCCCGGGGUCUACGCCAGGGUCUGCCUCUUCACCAGUUGGCUGGAGAGCACCAUGGCCAGCAACUAAGUCUCAUGCUGCCGUCUGCAUCCGACUCUGGUGCCUUUCUUCUAUAAUUCUAACUCCAUUAUUGUGGUUGAGUUUUAUUAACAAUGUGCAUUCUUUGUCCAUCUGAGUCAAUAAAGUCUGAAAGUCUCCACUUUAAAA